AUGGCGGCUGCCGUGGAGGGCCCACGUGGAGGUGAAGCUGCGGUGGGCGAGGAAGCCGACAGCGAUUCUGAAUUAAGCUCAGGAAUUCCAGAAGACAGCUACUCUUCAGGAGGUGAAGCCCUGGAUGGUGAUGAUGAAGAUGAAACGGCAGCCCCUGGCAACGUGGCUGAAGAGGCAACAAGCUCCAAAGCUGGCCCAAGUGCAGGCUGGGCAGAUGCCAUGGCAAAAGUGCUCAACAAAAAGAUUCCACAAAAUAAGUCUACCAUCUUGGCCAAGAAUAAAAAGCUGGAGAAGGAGAGACAAAAGGAAAAACAAGAAAGGCUGGAGAAGAGAAUGAAGCUCGACAAGAAGCGGGAGUGGGAAAUGAUGUGCCGAGUGAAGCCAGAUGUUGUCAAAGACCGAGAGACUGAAAGAAAUCUUCAGAGAAUUGCCACAAGAGGUGUUGUGCAGUUAUUUAAUGCUGUCAGAACACACCAAAAAAAUGUUGAUGAGAAGGUGAAGAAAGCUGGGAGCUCUGUCAGGCAGCGUGCUAAACUGAUGUCAUCUGUUUCAAAGAAAGAUUUCAUCGAUGUUUUAAGAAACAUGGAGGGUGCGAAAGGAAGCAAGAAUCCUGCUGGAAAGGCCACAAAAAGUAAACAGGGUGAAGAGGGGCCAGAAUGGAAUAUACUGCGUGAUGACUUCAUGAUGGGAGCAUCUAUGAAAGACUGGGACAAGGAAAGCGAUGGAGAGGAUGAUCAUGAACAGGGAGGUGGUCUGAAACAGGAAGAUGACAGUGACUGA